CCUGUGCGUGUUCGUGCGUGUAUAAGAGGGCGUGUGCGUGUAUAAGUGUGUGCGUGUGUGUGUGUGCGCGCGUCCCGUCGCGGUUUUUCUUGUCCUUUAAAUCCAACUUUCGCCCCGUAAACAAAUAAGCACGUUGUUAUGGGUUUGUUGGUAAAAAAGAAAAGAAAAUAGAAGACAAAUUGUGCUGCGCAACAGCUGCGUCUUUCCACCGUAUUUCCCCAUCUGUAUUAUUUCCUCCUCCGUCCCCUGUCCCACAGGACAUCCCAUGGGAGGGACUACGUUUUGCCAAACGGGUGACCUCUUCGUUGAGAAUACGCAACGACGCAAACCCUCACUUUAAACGCGCCCGGUGUCUCUCCUCGGAGUAUCUGUGCGCGCGGCGGGGCGCCACCUGAAAGGCAGCUGGUACUUGCGACAACAUUUGCCAUGGCCAGCACAGGUGUGAUCGAGCCGCCGGCCCAAAGCUCGACGGCCCAACCCCUGUCCAGAAGGCGCUUCUCUCAUGACAUCCACGGCAUUUCUCCAGACGAGAUAGAUGGCCUCAUGUCCAGCAGCGACGGUCGCCCUUUCCUUGUGGUGCAUCAUCUUUCUGAAGUGCAAGAUGAGGGUAUACCUUUCUUAAUGCCUGGUAUACCUAUUACAUGCAGAGUGGACAACACAGAGAAAUACACUACUCGCUCAAAGGUCCAUGUAGGCACCCUGUAUACAGUACAGCUGACACACGGCCACUUCCACUGGUCCGUGAAGAGGAAGUACAAGCACUUCCAAGAGCUGCAUCGAGACCUUUACAAGCACAAGAUGAUGCGUCACUUGCUGCCUCUGGGAAGAUUUUCAAAGGACAGGCAGCAGCUGAGAGCCAUGUCAGAAGAGAUGCCGAGCCUCCACGGAACGGAACGCACCAGAAGGACCUCCAGCAAAAUGAAAUACCUUGAGGAGUACCUGAAUGGUCUGCUGGAGAACACAUUUUGUAGGAAUGAUCACAGCAUGCUGGAAUUCCUUUCCGUGGGGGCUCUCUCCUUUGUGACCGACCUCGGACCGAAAGGCUUGGAGGGACCCAUCUUCAAGAGGUCGGGGGGUCACCGGAUCCAAGGCCUGAACUGCAUCGGCCAUCAUCAACUCUGUUUCCGCUGGUCUCGGCGCUGGCUGGUGGUGAAAGACUCCUUCCUGAUGUAUAUGAACCGAGACAACGGCUGCAUCAACUUUGUAUUGCUGCUUGACCCAGAGUUCAAAGUGAAAGUGGGCCGUGCUUACACAGACACCAGAUAUGGAGUCUGCAUCGAGAACUUCACCCGGAGUCUAAUCAUCAGAUGCAGCAGCUACCGACAGACUCAUUGGUGGAGUCAUGAAAUCAACCGGCUAACAGACACUUGUGACUUUCUUAAAGUGCAGCGCUUCGACGGGUUCGCUCCGCCCAGAGAGCACACGCUCACUAAAUGGUAUGUGAACGGAAGUGGCUACUUUGCAGACCUGGCUGAUGCUCUUGAACAAGCCAAGGAGGAAAUCUUCAUCACGGAUUGGUGGCUCAGUCCUGAAGUGUUCCUAAAGAGACCAGCGACUGAUAACUACUGGCGCCUGGAUGAGAUACUCAAACGCAAAGCUGAGCAAGGGGUCAAAGUGUGUGUUCUGCUGUACAAAGAGAUGGAGAUGGCCCUUGGCAUUAAUAGUGAGCACAGCAAGAGGACUCUUAUGAACAUGCACCCGAACAUUAAGGUGAUGCGACAUCCUGACCAUGUGGCCUCUGUGAUAUUCAUGUGGGCUCACCAUGAAAAGACCGUGGCCAUUGACCAAACAGUAGCCUUUGUGGGGGGAAUUGACCUGGCGUUUGGGAGGUGGGAUGACAGCCAGUACCGGCUAACUGACCUGGGCGUGUCACAGACAGCCAACCCCACAAGAGACGCAUUAGAUAACGGUAUGUCCGGCGGUCCGGAACCAUCAGAGCCAGAUAAGGAAGAAAAGAAGCCCCUUGAUGACCUGACUGGUAACAGUAAACUGUGGCUCGGCAAAGACUACAGUAACUUUAUCAGGAAAGACUGGGUCCAACUGGACAAACCAUUUGAAGAUAACAUUGACCGUACUCAGGUUCCCCGCAUGCCGUGGCGUGAUCUGUCGGCAGCUGUUCAUGGGAAAGCGGCCAGAGAUGUUGCCCGCCACUUUAUCCAGCGCUGGAACUUCACCAAGAUCUUCAAAAACAAGUACAAGGACGAGUUCUACCCUUAUCUUCUUCCCAAGUCUCACUGCACGGCUGACUCGCUUUCAUUCACGGUGCCCGGAUCCAGCAAGGCCAAAGUGCAGGUGUUACGUUCUGCCGACCGCUGGUCAACUGGAACCAAUGAGAACUCGAUCCUCAACGCCUACAUCCACACCAUUGAGAACAGCGAGCACUACAUCUACAUCGAGAACCAGUUCUUCAUCAGCUGUGCCGAUGGUGGGAAGACCAUCUAUAAUGGGAUCGGCGAUGCUAUUGUGAAGAGAAUUCUGCGCGCACACAGAGAGCAGAAGAAGUACAGGGUGUUUGUGGUGGUUCCUUUGCUUCCUGGCUUUGAGGGGGACAUCAGUUUAGGAGGUGGAAACGCCAUCCAAGCUAUUCUGCACUUCACUUACAGGACCAUGUGCCGAGGGGAGCACUCUAUUCUCUCAAGACUUAGAGAAGUCGAGGACCUGUGGACGGAGUACAUCACACUCUGCGGCCUGAGGAAACAUUCCCUGCUCUCCCAGUCGCUUGUCACAGAGCUCAUCUACGUUCACAGCAAGACCCUCAUUGCUGAUGACCGCUGCUAUAUCAUCGGAUCAGCCAACAUCAAUGACCGCAGCAUGCUGGGCAGCAGAGAUAGUGAGAUGGCAGUGUUUGUGGAGGAUGAAGACCGGGUCCUUUCCGUCAUGGGAGGGCAGGAGUACCAGGCAGGACCCCUCACGCUCGCUCUGCGUAAAGAGUGUUUCAGCGUUCUUGUUGGAGCUUCUUCCGACCCAAGUGUCAAUGUUGAUGAUCCAAUCAGCGAUGAAUUCUUCUUCUUGGGCUGGAACGCAUCUGCUAAACUGAAUGUCAACAUUUACGAGAAGGUCUUCAAAUGCCUUCCCACCAACUCUGUCCACAACAUGCGACAGCUGAAGGAAUACGCCAGCGAAGAACGCCUCUGCGACACAGAUCCGGAGCAGGCCAAAGAGGAACUGAAGGCCGUCCGGGGGCUGCUCGUCCACUUCCCGUUGAGGUUCCUGUGCGAGGAGAACCUGCUCCCUCCACUGAGCACUAAAGAAGGCAUGGCUCCGGUGGGGCUGUGGACAUAACCGCAGCCGAGCUCGGCUCAGACCACUACGCGGCAGCCGAGGUGCUGCUGCGCCGCGCGCUCCUCCUUGUAAGAUCUGCAAUGUUGAAUCUGAAGUGUUGAAACGUAGAUCAUGAUGUAGAAAGGCAGCGUUUGUUCGUGACGGUCGUGUCUGCGGCACAUUUUGUGCGACAGCGCAAUCUGAACGGCAGGGCUGGCGGUGGUGUUAGACACACAUAAAUGAAUGUAUGAGUCAGGAGAGGAUUGCGAGGUUGUAUUGAAAAUCAAGCAUCCCACAUAAUCUGGGAACAUAGUGUACAUUUAUUGGUGCAAGGUUUUUUUGGUGGGUGGGUGUCUCUGUGUGUGUCUCUCUCUCUCUCUCUCUCUCUCUCUCUCUCGUUCGCACUCCCUCACUCCCUCUGAGGCUUCACCUCUCUCUGCAGUGCCAGCGAAUCUGUCAGAACAUUUGUGGUUGUUAUGGUGACGGAUAUAAAGAGAUCACUGGAUUGUAGCUGAAAUAUAACCUGGAUAGGGCAGAAAAGGAAGAGUACCGAUAAGAGGGAGAACAUACUACAUCCGAAGGGAGUGCUAGGAAGAAAAAAAAAGGACUGAUCAUUUCUGUGGCAGGAAAAUUAUUUCAAUAUUUGUGGAUGAAUGAUCAGGUGGGAAAACUGUUCGAGGGAAAGAAUAGGAGGACAAGAUAAUUAAAGGUUGCGGGGUUGAUUUACCACUAAUUAUUGCUUUUUCUUUUAAGUCACCAUGACAACCACAGUGAAUGAUUAUUACAUCAUGUUGUCAGCAGAACAGAACAAAACAUUCCAGUAUCCACUUCAGCUAUUUCCAUGCCAGCUCCUCAAUUCUGUGCCCAGGUGCCAUGAAAUGUCUCCCUUAUCUACCCUUUUUAUAAAUUGACAUGCAGCAGUCUUUUAUUAGGCACAUCACAUUUAGCCAUUAUAUUUGAAGGUGUUUGACAUGGCUCACAGUCUUGCCACGUUUAUCCUUAACGGCAAAGCAUCUCUAUCAUAUCAAGAUUUUAGAGAAUGACCAGCAGACAAAAAGCAGAAUCUGACUCUCUUUUUGUGUUUUUUCAAACUGAGGAACCCUGUUCCAUGUAUUUUUAAAGAGAUAUGUAUGUUAAUUUGGAAUCAUGGCUUGACGUGCAGGGCAUUACUUAAUCCAGUUCAUGAUCUAAAAAAAUGGCCGAACUUACGACAGAGCCAGUAAAAUAUAGACGUUGAUUUUUUUUUGUCAAAUACCAAGGUGGUUUGAGUAAACUUCUUUUUCUACUUCUUGUCAAGGGUUGUACAAAUCCUAGCGCACACAGAGAAAUGUAGCCGCUGCAUUUAACCCAUCCUCGUAUUCUGGGCAGUGGACAGUUAGAAUAAAGUCCGGGGUUCACCUUUGGAGCUCUGAGCCUUGCUCAGAGAGCACAGGACCGGCACCUCUCCGGUGUCAGUCCACACUCCUCACUGGGUCCGUUCAAGGACCUCAACAUGCAACCCUCGUUAUAGGCCUGGUCCCUACUGCCGCUCCAGAGCCAUGUAACAUAUGACAUGUGUCGCACAUGAAUGCUGCCUUGUCUCUUCCUGAGGUGCCUUUUACAGAGGAUAUUAAGAGACACUAUGAGCUCUUGUAUUUAGAAGCUGGGUAUUUUGCUGUUUUGUAAAGCACAAAUUGGUUGCCUGAAGGGUAAACAUUGUUUGAAUAUUUUUCCCAAAAUCUCUGUCAAAUACUGAGAAUUGACAGUAUGCUGUUUCUACCAUGAUUUUUGUUUUUAAUGGACUAAUAGCCGGCAUUAAUAAUAUAUUUAACCAUUUUUAUGCAUGUACUACUAACCGAUACUUGAAUUUUUUUAAAGUCACCAUGUGAAAGUCUUUGUGUAAGAAUACCUAGUUAGCUUGGUUACCUUUAGAGUUGUUGAUGUAUAGCGUACUAACAAUGAGGAGCAUAGAGGUCAUAAAUAUUCACUUCACUUAAAAACAGCGUUGAACAAUUUGUACUUCAGAGAAUGUUGUUUAUCUUAUUUCCUCAAUUGACUUUUUUUUUAUGGAAUUUCAAAGUUAAUAUCAACUUUUACUUUUAAAACAGAUAUAUCUUAAUAAAAAUGGGAGCUGCAAUGUAUCAGAAAACAGCAUUCCACAGCUAGAACUACUAAUACCACCUAGAAACAGUGUGACAUUUUACAAGAAAAGAAAACAACAAGGAGCAAAAAAUCCUUAUCCUUGAUUUUGAAAAUGUAAGGUUCCAAGGAAAAUUAUUGUCAUUGUGUAACAUGGAAAUGUGCAGCGGAAUUCAAGGUCCAUGAAUGAAAACAGUAGCAACGAAAUGGUAUCCAUUACUGUAAAUUACACUAUCCAACAAAAUCCAUGUUAUGGAUGUUAUCUGUAUUAUAGUAGUGCAAUUUGAAAACGGAGUUCAUACAAAUGGAAAAUGUAACGCACUAUUCAACAUAACACUUAAUUAAAGUUUAUAUUCUAUUAUCUUG